GGCUUACAGAGGAAUUUGUAUGAAUACAAGGAAUCUGUCCCAGGGUCCUAAGAGCUUAUAGCAGCACAGGUAAAAAUUUGCAUUUAAAACAUAACAUCCACUACUCAAUGAGUAUAUAAGGAGCAAUGCAAUGCAGAAUAGGCAUUAGAAAUUCAUGUGACUACUGUGAAAUGUAGAAAAAUGUGAUUACAUGGUAAAAAAUGAAAGAGAAAAAUAAGUAUCAAAGACAGUAUUUCAAUUAAAAACUUUAUCUCAAGGACCAUCAGCAAGUGGACAACACAUUAGGAAAUAAAUCUUACCUAAGACUAUAGGCUACUUCUCAAAGAAGGUCCCAAGUCAUCAGCAUGAACACAGGCUCAGUGACAGAGGAACAUUAGUUUUUGUCACUAACAUGAUGCUGUUUUUAUAAAGCAUACCUAGAUGUUAAUACUAAAUUGUUAAAAUCUAUUUGAGAGAAUACAUUUCUUUCUAAUACAAAAUUAUUGUCUUGUUCUGUAGAGGAUAAAGUAAUGUGAAAGGAUAAACCCCUACUGGGUUUGUUGCCAUCAAGCUGUGCAGUAUGAGCUUUUCCCAGAUAAUUUCUUCUUCUUGUUCUUCCCUCCAGCAUUUAAUCUGUAGCCAUUGCCUUUGCAAGGACUAAAGCACACUGUACAUGUGAUGUUUCCAUUUUCUAAGUGUUAGACCAUGACAACACAAUGAUGUGCACCUUACAUUAUGUCAAACUUCAGCUUCUGCUGUUCAAAAUGUUAAAGCCCAGUAAAAGGAUUACAUGAUAGCCUAGUCUAAAAUACCACAGAAGAUACCAGGUUUGAGCACAAAGAAUUAUUGCCUAGCUUUAUUGUAAUCCUUGAGAAGGUUUCAGUAGGAGUUCUGUAUUUAACACUCACCUUAACCCUUAUACCAAACCUCCUGUAACAAUGCCUGGUUUUGAACAUAUUCAUUAGUAACUGGCCAAAACAGCAUUUCCUACCUGCCACAUCAGUCCCACAGAGCAAUGGCAAUAGAUGGAUUCGUGAUGCAUCAAAUAAUGAAGAGAAAGCAACCAGAAGAAAAUCUUUGCCUUCCUAACCUCCAUGCAUGCUGGGCAGAUUCCAGGGAAGAGAAAAAUGCGGCAAACAGAACAGGAUUGAAGGGCACUGGCCUCCCAAACUCUCUUUCCUUCUCCAAGUAACUCAGAUGUUUUAGAUAUGUGAAAAGUGUCUUGGCUGCAGAGUGCAAGUCUUUCAGAGCCCCUCUGUGUGUCCCCACUAACUCCAGUUUCUGGGAGACCAGUUUCUUCCUCCUAAUUUCUGCUGCAACCUCCUGCCUCCCCACAUCUUAAACUCAGACCCUGCCUCUGCUCUCAAAGUAGUCAAGUGCAGUAGUCAAGUGCCCGUCCUGAAUUAGGUUUGUUGUAAACAAUGAAGCUGUGGGAGGAUUUUCCUUAAUUGUCCUUGUUAAAAUUCAUAUGGUACUUAAUUAUAGUACUUAAUUAAGUAUGAUACUUAAUUAAAAGCUUGCCUAUCUGAAACUAUUGAGGAACCAAGACAAAAACAAUCCUUCCAGAAAUAUGUCCAGAUGCAAAGCAAGAAGGGGACUCCACAUGGAUCUGUUUUUUGCCUGGCCUCUGCCACUGAUUCACUUCAAUAAUUUCUGCAAGUCAUUUAUUGUGCAUCAAUGUGCUUAUUGAUGGAGGAAAAACAGUGUUUAUUUCCUUUCACAGAGUUGUCCUGAGUCUGACUAACCACCCUUUGUGCAAAUCUUUGGAUGAAAGAAAUCUUUGGAGUUCUAAGCUCUUAAUAUAUAUUACUUAGUGUACUUUAAAACAGUCAUCACAAUAGGUAGGAAUUAACAUUCCAAAGCCCAUAGGGUGGAUACCUUUUCCUAUGUAUAUAUAUAAAAGUCAUCAAGGGACCUGCCUCAGAGGAAGGACAACUCAAUACAGGUGAGUCUGAAUUCACUUAAAGAAUAUUUAUUUAGAACCAGAAGCCUUGAUUUGUUUUGAUUUAGCAUUUUGCCAAUAUUGUGAUUGCUGUGGUGUUUCUGUAGAAGGUCUGUGAGGUUUUGUGAUGGGAGUGGAGUGAAAAAAAUUCCUGCAUGUGAAAACAGCUACAACCUGUAGCUUUCAAUGGGGACACAGAUGGAUUUCAUAGGUGUUGGAUCAAACUGUUUUUAUCUGGGCUUGUGAAUACUUAGCCUUAAUGUUAGAGCUCAAACAGAGCUACUGGGUGUACCCUGAUCUGGCCAUGGGCAUUGCAGGCCUGAAAAAGCUCCAUCAGGACAAGAGAGUCUUUCCAAUGAUGCUGGUGGAUUAUUUGUGUUUCUGCAUCCAUAUAAUCUGGUUUGCAGUAGAAACGCAGUCUAGAGAAAUAACCACAUAUGCUAUUAAAACUGAUAAUGUUUAAUGUUUUAAUGUUUAACUGAUAAUUCUAAACAGGAUUAGUGUGAAUUGCCUACAAGAUUCGUGGUGUAUUUUGUGUUUGAAAUCUUCUUGGGAAAAAAAACCCCAAAUAUUUAUAAGCCAUAAAAGCUGCUCAGUUUAAAUGUGUUCAUCAGCAAGGCAAAUACAGUCAAUUUUUUUUGCAUUUGAUAGCUAUAAUCUGAUUAUAUUUUGGAAUUUUAUUAAUAGGCACAACAUACACAUUUAUUAGUAAAGUGGUUAUCUGCCACUAUCACACAGAGAAGUAUUAUUUCACCAGAUAAAUGCUGGAGUUGCCUUGCAUGUUCUUAGCAGAGUAUUAAGGAUCAUAGUUCUUGAUUUUUGAAAACAAGUUUUUUCCAAGAGCCAAGAAAAAAAUCCUUUUUGAAUAGGGAGGCAGGGGUUGUGUGCACUUAAUAGCACAUUAGAUUUCAAACACCUGUAAAAUUAAAGCAAAGUUAGUGGAUGUGCUCAUCAUAAAGACACACCAUGGGAUUUCAGGAGGGGCUGUAUGAGCAAGCAAUGACAACUGAUGGGGCUAAAAAAGGCCCCUGCUAGUCCAAGGAACCAACCCUGGUCCCAACCUCCCCAAAGGGAAAAAGUUCCUCUGCUGAACAACUCCUCUUCAGCUAAGGCCAUCCCUGUCGGGUGCCUCAGGGUGGAAGCUUUUGGCAUGCCAACUUUGCUAGAGUGCUGCUGAAAAUCAUCAGUAAUUUCUUCAUGUUUUGCAAACCAUGUGUUUCCAGGUCUCCUGGGACAGCUGAGGAGAGCCAUCACCAUGAUCCCUGCACUGCUGCUGCUGGGUCUUUCGGCCCUUGUUGCUCCAUCCCUGAGUUACAGUUGCUAUGGUGAUAUAAGUGCUCUUCAAGCCCCCACGGUCUCCUGUACACCUGUAAGAGCCUCUGACUGUGCAGGAUAUGCCAUGAUACGGAGGACGGCUGAGGCAGACCUGCCACGCCUGAGGAGAUACGAGAUCCCAAUUAAGAGAGUAGCCAGAAACCUGUGCUUGGAUCCAGCUCUCAUCGGUGCCAUCAUGUCCCAGGAGAGCCGUGUGGGCCUGCUCCUGGACAACGGCUGGGACCGCGCGCGCCAGAAGUACGGCCUGAUGCAGAUCAGCAGGCAGCAAGUGCAACCUUCUGUGACGUGGGAUAGUGAAGAACACAUAAAUCAGUGCUCAAAUAUCCUGGUUCUUUCCAUUAAUGAAGUACGGGCGAGACAUCCUACCUGGUCCUGGGACCGGCAGCUGAGAGGGGGAAUCUGCACCUACCAUGCCAGAAUGGGCAAUGUCCAGGUCUACGAGGCAGACCCGUGCAGCAGCGACUACAACUACGUCAACAGCGUGAUUAGGAGAGCCCAGUACUUUAAGAGAAAUGGGUUCUAGGUCUCAAACCCAUCCCACCACGGAGCCUCCCCUCUGCAGACUGGCCCAGCAGGGAUGUAGUACCCACUACAGCCCAGUGCUGUAGUACCCAGAGCAGUUCCUCAGGUCUCCUGGCAGGACCGAUGCUGGUGGCAUUGCCAAUGCCACCUUGCUCGCUCCAGCAAAUCCCAGCCCCCUGCUCACUGAUGGGCAAGCUCAGCACUGACUUCCAGGAGAUCCCCAGGGAUGAGAUCCCACCAGCUCAGGGCCUUUGAAAGGCAGAUGGGGACAUAUCAGCAAUGUUUAAAUUUUGAGUGAGGAAGCUGACUUUUCCUGUUCAAAGCUGCACCCCAGGGCUGUUUGUGCAUCUCCCAGACAUGGAUACAAACAGCUCUCCCUGGGCAUCAGCUGUGCUCUUCCCAUCUGCAUCCACCUUCUUUCCUCUCCAUGGCCAAAACAGGGCAUGAAUAGCCUGUGUUCCUUGCCUUGGUGCUGCUGGCUAAGGAGCAAUGAAGAGAUUUCUCAGUGGUCUCUGCAGUAGCUGAGUGUUCCUGUAGCCAGCCUUCAGGGGAACAAUACUAAACAUCUUUGGUUUGUCUCCUGAAUCCAUGGCCAUGGUGCAGCUGGGGACCUCAUCAGGGCAUCUAUAUGGAAAAUACUGCAAGUGCCACAGCAGGCAAAAUGGCUUUCCAUCAGUGAGCAGCUCUUGGAGCAGGAGUCAGCCCCAUAAGUACCCACACCAGCAACCAUAUCACAGCAAUAGUUUUGGUAAAAAACCCCACAACUUUCCUGUUUUAACUUUGGCAUAUUUAUGCUGAGGUUCCUCCAAAUUUAAAAGCAUUUCAGCAUCUGUCCCUGUGCCAGGAAUCCCAGUUUCUAAUAGAAGUGAAUGAGCUCUGGUCUGUUUGAAAGUGGAUGGGUCUCUUGGUGCCAAUUUAUUAAUUAGAGAACAAUAAUGAGAAUAAGACAGAAAUAAAGAUAAAUGUUAAAUCCCAA